GCGCCUUACAACACAAGCUAUGGCCUCACUAACAGCAAUGGAAAUGCAAAGGAUUGCCAAAGUAGAGAAAGGAGAAGGUAUGCAGCGUCUCAGUGAACAUUUCCAGUGGAAUGAGUUCGUGGGAGACAGUGAGAGACAGCUCCUGCAUCAGGAGUUUGUGUAUGAGGUGGCAAUGUUCGCAGUGAAUCGUGGAUUCCCUUGGACAGCCACGUCUGAAGUCGCCAAAAUGUCAAAGGAACUACUGCCGAAUCUUAAAGGUUUGGAGAGAGACCAGGCUAUUGAGUUGACUGCAGAGAGAGUAUCACAGUGUCUUCCUAGCCUCCCCCAAGCCCACCACGCCACCAUGUUCAACUUCAUUGCGGAGACUUACGUGCACCACCAACAGCUCUACCAGGCCUUCAUGAGUCUGCCCGCACCAAAGAACCCCGCGGCGCAGCUCAAAGUGGAGGUGCCCCCUGUUCCUCUACAGCUAGCCGAGGGCAUGGACGUGGAGGAAUGGGAGACGCAGAACGCAGUGAGGAGCCUGGCCUCGGCGCAGCAGGAGAAGCUGGCUGAGAUUCGCCAGCUGAGGGAGCAGGCGGGACGGCUGCAGCAGGAGCAGCUUGAAGCCACGCUGGAGUGCUUUGGCAGGGAGGGCAGCCGAGGAAAACAGGAAGUGGAGAAGAUAAUCCGUGACAUUGUCAAAGCUCAAGGGGAGAAGUUCAUGGAGACCAUGAUGAAAGAAAGUGCACUCAUUCAAGAGCUUUUAGAGCUGAAGAUACAAGCGAAAGCCAUGGCACGACAAGAACCUGGUGUCCUCUCAAGUCACCAAAAAACUAAGAAGUAACCUUUUUUUAAAGAGAAGCUUUUCACAUCUGGCAUUGACUGCAAAAGGGAACCCUUUUCAUGUAGUACUGUUUUUCACACCUUUUUUUAAAUAUAAUAAAGCAGAUAUUUCAGCA